GCUCUGUUUAGACAUUUGGCAAGUCAAUAUGGCGUUCUCUCCACAGGUGAGAGACUACGAUUUUCCGCGGUUGUUUUUACAGUUGUGAACCAGUGCUAUUUCUAAAAGAGUUUAUACAAGAAUUUAAACGUUGUUUUAAAAUUCUACCAAUUGAAUUAUAAAUAUUAACGAGCUGUAAAACUAAGUUUACAAUUUUACAAGUUCUUUUCAAUAUGUGGUAUUAUCAAUGUGCUUGCAAUUAGAUUCUUCAAAACAAAUGUGAAGUAAUGAAAUGCUAGACCAUUGGAAACAAACGAACAUUUGAAAAAAUAGUAAAAGGAAGAUAAAAAAACUUGCAUGUAAACAAAAGUAGAAGAUGUUUGAAUCUCCUAGAAGUCUGCGCGAGGUUUGCAUUGAUUUUAUUUGUGACAAUAUUUUGAACUUGUGCGUACUAUGCCCUGGUUCAUUGGAGACGCCUACUUGCAGUCAACAAGUCAAAUCCUCAGUAAGCGAUAGUAGUACACAUAUUUUGGGUAGUACGGCUAGUUUACCUAGAGCAUCCAGUGAUGCAUCAUCAAGUUCGGCAACAAGACUUAGUUUUAAGCACCCAGAUGUUUUUAUACCCGAUGAAAUCUCAGAACAACUAUUAUCCAACCUCUGUGAAAAGAAAACAUUAUCUGAUUUGACCAUUACACUCUUUGAUUCAAAGUCCACUAGAUUAAGAUGUGUACAAUUAAAAGAUGCAUCUGCAUUGUCAGCAAAGGGUUUAAAAGUUUUAAAACAACAUAAAGUUCAAGAACUGGUGGUUAAUGGAUUAAAAAUAACAGUUAAUGAUCUGAUAAGUUGUUUAGGUGACUGGAGUUUACAAAAUCUUAGGUCGUUAAGUAUAGCAAAAGGAAGUUUUAUGGAUUGUUCACGGUACUGUGUGGCAGUAACACUAAGCAAAUUAAAAUCACUGAAUUCAUUAAACGUAUCUGGAACAGAGUUUAAUAAACAUGGAUUGGAAAUAGUGGUCGACGACCUUCCUCUUUUAGAAAAUUUAGACAUCUCGUGUACAAAAGUCAAUGACAUAACACCAUUGAAGAAAUGUAAAAAUCGAUUAAAAACUCUUUAUAUGUAUAACUUGAAGAUAAAGGAAAGUGCAAAUUUAAUCUCAGUAUUAUUGGAAUUAAAUGAAUUAAGGAAUUUAGACAUUUCCGAUGAAAAAGAUAUGCAUUCGGUCAUAUCUGUGUUGCCUGCACAUCCUGCAAAACCAAAAGUAACAGACUUCUUAAAAACAACACAUUGUAUGCCACACUUAAUCAAUUUAGACUUGUCUGGCAAAAGUGAUAUAGAUUUAAAAGAUUUGAAAGAAUUUAUUAAAGCUCAUCCACAUUUGAGGUUUUUGGGACUUGUUAGUACAGAUGCUUGCUAUGACUAUAGUUUAAUAAAUUCAGCAUACAAUGACUAUAGACCUGGACUAGUUGUUAGCGGUACAGCGACAGAAUCCCAAAUUUUGGAAGCUCUCAGAAGGUAUACAUGCAGACCACUUUAUCUUGAGAAAUGUUUUCUUAAUUUAUUCCGUUUAGCUCAUACUUUUCUUGAACCACGAGUUGACGUAAUAAAGUUGGUAUUAUCCGGUAUGAAAGAACAUCCACACGAAGUUCGUGUGCAAUUAGCAUGUACCGCGUGUCUUUAUAAUCUUUCAAAAGGUGAAUUUGCUAUUAUGAUUCAUCCAUCGAUACUUAAACAAGUUGUUGAAUUAACAUUGGUUGCAAUGGAAUCUUAUCCAACCAAUUAUCAACUGUACAUGAAUACGUUACUGAUAUUAUGUAGCGACAGAAUUCUACAGGAUGUUGCUUUUGAUAAAUACAGAUGUGCAAAAUUAGUGAUGAAUUCCCUGUUAACUUUUAAUGAACCGUUAAUGAUUCGCAUGUCUGUUGCUAUUUCCUCGAUCUUGGCAGCAAAGAUAACACCAGUAGAAACGUCUAUGCUUGGUGCUCAACCUCAAUAUAUGUCUAAAUUACUUUCAAUAGUUAGAUCUAAAGUUGAAUCUAAAUCAGUAGAUAUAACGAUGAAAUUUACAUUAAGUGCACUCUGGAAUUUAACUGAUGAAAGUGCUACAACAUGUACAGUUUUCCUAGCGGAAGGUGGAAUGGAGUUGUUUCUUGAAAUGCUUGAAAAUUUUCAAGGAGAGUCUAGUGUUGAGACUAAAGUACUGGGUUUGAUAAAUAAUAUAGCAGAGAUUAAUUAUUUGAGACCCAGGCUUAUGGAACAUAAAUUCAUUUCUAUGCUUUCUAUUCUCCUGGUGUCUACACACAUUGACGUGUCUUACUUCGCAGCAGGCAUUACUGCACAUCUGCUUAGCGAUGGUCCAAGUGUAUGGUGUACAAAGAAUUUACAUCAAAGCAGAGCACAAUUAUUACAGCAAUUAGCUCACACUGUGACACACUGGCGAACACCUCAAGGAGAAAUGGUUGCUUAUAGAAGCUUUCAACCGUUCUUCCCACUUUUACAUUGUUCAGAUGCUCCAGUUCGACUUUGGGCAGUUUGGGCAAUACAACAUGUCAUUACAAAAAAUCCAAAACAUUACUGCAGCAUGUUAAUCAGAGAAGAAGGUGUAGAAAUAUUAAAGAAUCUAAAAACCUCAAAUACACACAUACAAAACUUACGACGUUCAAUCCUUGAAAUGAUUGAAUUAAAUUCUUAACGAUGACUAUUGCCUUCCAAAACAAAAUUUGCGUACCAUGGAGUUGGUAUACUAGUCAAUGUUUAUAUCUGUGCACUCUUAUAUCCUGUUCUUUAGACCAAAUAAUUAAAACUCUUAUAUGAUCAUGGACAUCUAUCAAAAGUGGACUAAAAUGAAAUAAGUCCAGGAUAUUACUAUCAAAUUCUGUAGACUUAAAUUGAGGACCUGAAUUAUUGAAAAUAGUUCUGUGUAUUAUGAAGUGUAAUGAAGUAUAUUAUACAUAGAUCUUAUGCGUAGAAGUACAUUUGAAUGUA